AUGAGAAUGAGUAUGGGAAAUGUUAAAGUGUUUGUUUUGAUGAUGAUGAUGAUCUUCAUAGGACUUGGAGAAGGUCAUAGAAAAGAUUUAAAUAAUUGCUUUGGUAGUGGUAAUACAAGUAGAGGUUGGGGAGGCGGAGUUGGUGCAAGUGGAGGUGGAGCUGCAAGUGGUGGUGUUAGUGUUGGAGGUGGACUAGGUGUAGGUGGUAAUGUGGGUAGUGGUGCUGGAGGUAGCGCUGGAAGAAAUUUUGGUGGUGGGUUUGGUGCAAGAGGUGGUGUUGGUGGUGGAGCUAGUGGUGGAGUAAGUGCAGGCACUGGUAGUAGAGUCGGAGGAGGAGCCAGUGCAGGUGGGAAUAUUGGUGGUGGAGUAGGUUUGGGUGGUGGCAUCGAUGCUGGAGGUGGAGCAAGUGUAGGUGGUGGUUCUGUAGUUGUUGGUGGAAGUGGAAGUGCGAGAGCUGGUGGUGGAGCUACAAUUGGAGGUGGAGUAAACACAGGUGGUGGUGCUAGAGUAGAAGGAGGAGCUAGUGCUGGUGGAACUAUUGGUGGCGCUGUAGGUGCAAGUGGUGGUGUUAGCAGUGGAAGUAGUGGUGGAGUAAGUGCAGGCAGUGGUGGUAGGGAAAGCGCAAGUGGCACAACUGCUGGCGGAGCAGGUGCAAGUGCUGGUGUUAGUGUUGGAGGGGCAGGAAAUUCAGGCGGUGGUGUAAGUAGUGGUGUUAGGGUUGUUGGAAGUGGUAAUGUAGGGUCUAGUGGUGGAGGAGCUAGUGCAAGCGGGAAUGUUGGUGGUGGAGCAAGUGCAGGUGGUGGGGUAAGUAGUGGUGCUGGGGUUGUUGGUGGAGGUGGAGUUACUGGGAGUGGUAGUGCAAGUGCAAGUGGUGGAACUAUAAUUGGAAGAGGAGCUGCAAGUGGAGUAAGCACAGGUGGCGAUGCUAGAGCUGGAGGAGGAGCUAAUACAGGGGGAACUGUUAGUGGAGGACCAAGUGCAAGUGGCAAUGUUGGUGGAGGUAUUAGCGGGGGAGCUAGUGGUGGAGUCAGCACAGGUGGUGGCAGUAGAGUUGGGGGAGGAGCAAGUGGAGGCAGAACUAUUGGUGGUGGAGCAGGUUCAAGUGGUGGUGUUAGUGGAGGAGCAGGUGGAACUGGCAGUGUUGGUGGAGGAAUUAGCAGAGGAGCUAGUGGCGGAGUAAACAUAGGUGGAGGUGGUCAAGUUGGAGGAGGAUCAAGUGGAGGUGGAACUAUUGUUGGUGGAGUAAGUGCAGGUGCAAGUGGUAGUGUUAGUGGAGGAGCAGGUGCAAGUAGUGGUGUUGGUGGAGGAAUUAGUGGAGGAGCUACUGGUGGAGUAAGCGUAGGUGGAGGUGGACGAGUUGGAGGAGGAGCAAGUGGAGGUGGAACUAUUGGUGGUGGAGCAGGUGCAAGUAGUGGUGUUAGUGGAGGAACAAGUGCAAGUGGUGGUGUUGGUGGAGGAAUUAGCGGAGGAGCUAGUGGUGGAGCAAGAUCAGGUGGUGGUGGUAGAGUUGGAGGAGGAGCAAGUGGAGGUGGAACUAUUAGUGGUGGAGCAGUUGUAAGUGGUGGUGUUGGUGUUGGAGGUGGAGCUAGUGCAGGUGGUGGCAUAAGUGGUGGUGCUUGGGCUGUUGGCGGAGGUAGAGUUGAUGGGGGUGGUAGUACAGGAGCAAGUGGUGGAGCUAUAAUUGGAGGAGGAGUUGGAGGUGGAGUAAGCGCAGGAGGCGGUGCUGUAGUUGGAGGGGGAGGAAAUGCAGGUGGAACUAUUAGCGGAGGAGUAGGUGCAAGUGGUAGUUCUAGUGGAGGAAUUAAUGAAGGAGCUAAUGGUGGAGUAAGAGCAGGUGGUGAUGGUAAGGUUGGAGAAGGAGCAAGUGGUGGUGGAGCUAUUGGAGGUGGAAUAAAUGGAAGUGGUGGUGUUAGUGUUGGAGGUGGAGCAAAUGUAGGUGGUGGUAUAGGUGGAGCUGCUGGGGUUGUUAGUGGAGGUGGAGUUUCAGGGGGUGGUAGUGCAAGGGCAAGUGGUGGAGCUAUAAUUGGAGGAGGAGCUACAGGUGGUAAUGCUAGAGCUAGAGAAGGAGCUAAUGUAGGCGGAUCUGUUAGUGGAGGAGUGGGUGCAAGUGGUAGUGCUAGUGAUAGAGCUAGUGGAAGAGUAAUUGCAAACGACAAUGGUAGCACUGGAGGAGGAGCUAGUGCAAGUGGAACCGUGAGCGGCAGAGUAGGUGCAACAAGUGGUGUGAGUGCUAAAGGUGGAGCUGCUACAAGUGGAACUAUUAAUGAUGGAGUAGGUGGAGGUAGCGGUGUUGGUAGUGGAACUAGUGACUGAUAGUUAGAACGUCAAUGGUAUAAGUAUGACUAGAGAUUGAAUCAGUAUAAAAAUAAUCGACCAAUGAAUGUAGAGGGUGAUUGUAAAUGUUGGGUCAAGUUUAAAAUGAUAUAAUGAUUAGUUACUAAGUAGUAUUUAUAAUAUAUAAUUAAUUAUUUUCUAUCCUUAAAACAUAUUAAAUGAGUCAAUCAUAAAUCUAUUUUUGUGUAUGCUUAAGUAUUGUAAUAGGAAUAUAAUAAUGGUUCCUUAUUUAAAAUGGAAUGAAUACAUAUUAAAGUAUUUUAUUGUUAAGAAACAACACUUACUUAUUAGUAUAAUUAACUCGUGUAAAAAAAUAUCUCUCUCAAAUAUGUUUCACCAAAAAAUUUAUAACAUUUC